AAGAAACACCAGUGCCCUCACUGCUCAAAGCGCUUCAACCGUCCAAGCAGCCUCAAGAUACACGUCAACACCCACACAGGCGCCAAGCCAUACCCAUGUCCCUUCCCAGGGUGCGGCCGCGAAUUCAACGUCAACUCAAACAUGCGCAGGCACUGGAGAAAUCACUCC